GUGUUCUUCGGCAACCUACUUUAUCGUUAGCCUGCCGCGUGCUCUUACUCUUAAAUGAAAACUGUAUGUUGUUAAUUGUUAAUUAAUUAAUCUCGUUCGUUGUACAUGUUUGCUACGACCGCCGUCAUUCAUCGGGCUGCAGUGAUAGAAGGAUUAGAGUAGUAAUGUUGUUUCUUGCCCACUGCUGAAUCAAGUAUAUACCUUGCAAGACGUGCGUGCGGCGCGUCUUCCUCGGGGCCGGUCCUUGCUGUGCGCGAGCAGUUGCAUUACUCCGAGCUUUCCGGACGACGCGCGCGCGCUCUCACUUGUUACUUUUUUUCAGAGCGGCAGCAGCAGCGCGCGACUUUUUCUCCGUGCGCCCCUCGAGCCUCCGGACAGCUCCCUCUCAGCUCCGUCCGCAUCCGCGACCCCCCGGGACAACAGCCUCUCCUCGGCCAGUGGCGAUGGUGACUGACAGAUGAUCUGACUGAGGAAGACAUCAGACGUCGUCUUCGUGUCGGUUAUUAUGGGGUGUACCUGUUGCAAACAGAAGAAGCCUGCCAAAGCCGUAGCAGCAACAUCAGGAACAGACUUUGGACAUUUGAACGACCACGUUGGAGGGUUGUCGGCAAACCCUGACCAGGGCCAUUUCUCUCCUGACCCGACCAUCCCAGACUUCAACAAGCCCUUCCAAGCCUCCGACUUCUUCUCCAGCUCACAGCGGUCUGGAGGCAUAACAAGUGGUGGAGUCACUCUCUUUAUAGCUUUGUAUGACUAUGACGCUCGUACUGAAGAUGACCUCACUUUCCAGAAGGGAGAGAAAUUCCAAAUCAUCAACAACACAGAGGGUGACUGGUGGGAAGCUCGCUCUUUGGACACCGGCAAGUCGGGUUAUAUCCCCUCCAACUACGUAGCUCCUGUCGACUCCAUACAAGCUGAAGAGUGGUAUUUUGGGAAGAUGGGGAGGAAGGAUGCGGAGAGACAGCUACUGGGUCAUGGCAACCAGAGGGGGACUUUCCUCAUACGAGAGAGCGAGACCACCAAGGGUGCUUACUCUCUGUCCAUCCGUGACUGGGACGACAAUAAGGGAGACCAUGUCAAGCAUUAUAAGAUUCGUAAACUAGACAACGGUGGCUACUACAUCACCACCAGAUCACAGUUUGACACUGUGCAGCAGCUGGUAGAGCACUACACAGAGAGAGCGGCGGGACUCUGCUGCCGUUUGAUUGGCAGCUGUAAGCGGGGUAUGCCUAAGCUGGCCGACUUAUCAGUGAAGACCAAGGAUAUGUGGGAGAUUCCCCGCGAAUCUCUCCAGCUGAUUAAGAAACUGGGCAAUGGCCAGUUCGGAGAAGUCUGGAUGGGCAUGUGGAACGGCACCACCAAGGUAGCGGUGAAGACUCUGAAGCCAGGAACCAUGUCCCCCGAGGCCUUCCUGGAGGAGGCUCAGAUCAUGAAGAGACUGCGUCAUGACAAGCUGGUGCAGCUCUACGCCGUCGUGUCUGAGGAGCCCAUUUACAUUAUCACCGAGUUCAUGAGCCAAGGGAGUUUGCUGGACUUCUUGAAAGAUGGAGAGGGACAGAGCCUCAAGCUGCCUCAGCUGGUGGACAUGGCUGCGCAGAUUGCAGCUGGAAUGGCAUACAUCGAGAGGAUGAACUACAUCCAUCGUGACCUGCGUGCGGCUAACAUUCUCGUUGGAGACAAUCUGGUGUGCAAGAUUGCUGACUUCGGCCUGGCUAGGCUCAUUGAGGACAACGAGUACACGGCCCGACAAGGGGCAAAGUUCCCGAUCAAGUGGACGGCUCCCGAAGCUGCACUCUAUGGACGCUUCACCAUCAAGUCAGACGUCUGGAGCUUUGGCAUCCUACUAACUGAACUCAUCACUAAGGGACGUGUUCCAUACCCAGGGAUGAACAACCGUGAGGUGCUGGAGCAGGUGGAGAGGGGCUACCGGAUGCCCUGCGCCCCGGGCUGCCCCGCCUCGCUCCAUGAACUGAUGGUGCAGUGCUGGAGGCGGGAGGCCGACGAGAGGCACACCUUUGAGUACCUGCAGUCCUUCCUGGAGGAUUACUUCACCGCCACAGAGCCGCAGUACCAGCCCGGAGAAAACCUGUGACGACACACGUUGAAGACACAUACGGAGCAAUAAAUGGACAAACAUGGACACCAGCAUACAAAUACACUGACAGGCAUGCUGUAGGAAAUACACAUGCUUUCAGUGUAUUUGAUGACAUAUAAAUACAUAUCAUUGCCUUGUUUAAUUGUUUAAGACAGCAUCCAUCCUUUGGACACUGAUCACUGCAGCCUGUUCAGGACAGACCGGUAAACAAUGCUCAAGAACAGAGUCUGAGCUCUUCUGGUCAGGCCUUGCAGUAAUGUUGCUUUACUCUGUAACCAUGACAACAAGGAACUGAAAGAAGAUGUAGAUGGUUGCGUUGGGGGGUGGGGGGAUGUCGAGUGGGUACAUGAUCUGUUCAGCUGCCAUAUAUGUUCAGGUCCUUUGAUUUCUCUUUUUAAGAAGAGCUUUCCGAAGAUUGACUGUUUCCCUGAAAUAAAUAUGUUGACACAGAAAUGAUGGCAGGUGCAACAGGUUGUCAGACAUUUUAAAACGCAGUCUACAAUAAACGCCUGUGAACGUCACGGCCGCUCUUUUCAUCCCUAUCAUGAGCUUUAGAUAAAGAGACCACUGGAACUGGUUUACCACCAACAUGUGCCUUACAGUGGUCAAAUUACAUUUUUAGUACCUUUAAUAGUGCAAGUGUCCAUGGGUUAGUAAGGAACGACUCUCUAUUUGUCUUUGAUAUUUUGUAUGACAAUUUUGUAUGAAUUGUCUCUUUCGUUGUUUUAAUUUAACUCAGAUAUAUCUGCGCAUCACAAAGAAUUCUAUAUCUAAUUAACAUUUAUGCAAAUUUCAUCCAUUGGGAGGGAAAUGUGAAACAUAAAGGAGAAAGAUGAAUGUCAGUGAACUGCAGAAGGACAGCGAUUGAAAUGAAUGUUUUUAGACACGAAUGUAACCUUCAUGUUGAGUUUCCCCUGUCAUUAUUGUAAUAAAGGUCAGAUACAGUA